CACUCUUUGGCCGCCAAACCACCUCCUAAUUAGCCCCUCUCCCUCUCGGUUCUCCCUGCCCUCUGUUGUAGAACGAGUGUCGUCGAUGGAGUCCCAGAGCGAUUCCGCUUCCGCCCAAAAUGAGCGGAGCCAGCAGCAGCAUCUUCCAAACUUCCUCCAGUCUGUAAACGUCAAGUAUGUGAAGCUCGGGUACCAUUACCUGGUCUCUAAUGGCCUGUACCUUCUCCUCGUCCCCCUCAUCGCCGCCGCCUCCAUGCAUCUCUCGACUCUCACCUCGGAGGAUUUCCUUCUGCUCUGGGACAAGCUUCGGUUCAACUUGGUGGCCGUCGUCCUUUCCUCCACCCUCAUCGUUUCCCUGUCCACCAUCUACUUCAUGAAACGGCCUCGGCCGGUCUACCUCCUCGACUUCGCGUGCUACAAGCCCGACAGCGCCUGCAAGUGCCCUCGCGAGCGCUUCAUGGAGCAGUCGACACGGGCGGCGUCCUUCACCGAGGAGAACCUCGCGUUCCAGAAGAAGAUCCUGGAGCGGUCGGGGCUGGGGCAGUCGACGUACUUCCCCGAGGCACUGCUCUCGUCGCCGCCGAACCCGUGCAUGGCGGAGGCGAGGAAGGAGGCAGAGACGGUGAUGUUCGGGGCCAUCGACGAUCUCUUGCAGAAGACCAGGGUUAAGCCCAAGGACAUCGGGAUCCUGAUCGUGAAUUGCAGCCUCUUCAAUCCCACGCCGUCCCUCUCUGCCAUGGUUGUGAACCACUACAAGCUCAGAGGGAACAUCAUCAGCUACAACCUCGGCGGAAUGGGCUGCAGCGCCGGCCUCAUUUCCAUAGACCUUGCGAAGCAUCUGCUCCAGGUGCACCGGAACUCUUACGCCCUGGUCGUGAGCAUGGAGAACAUCACCCUCAACUGGUACAUGGGCAACAACCGCUCCAUGCUCGUCUCCAAUUGCAUCUUUCGUGUGGGCGGCGCCGCCAUCCUCCUGACCAACCGCCGGUCGGAGCGCCGACGAUCAAAGUACCAGCUCGUCCACACGGUCCGCACCCACAAAGGCGCAGACGGUCGCUCCUACGGCUGCGUCUUCCAGGAGGAGGACGGGACCGGCAAGAUCGGCGUCGCCCUGUCCAAGGACCUCAUGGCGGUGGCGGGCGAGGCUCUGAAGACCAACAUCACCACCCUGGGGCCGCUCGUCCUCCCCAUGUCCGAGCAGCUCAUCUUCUUCUUCACGCUGGUCAUGAGGAAAGUGUUCAAGAUGAAGGUGAAGCCCUACAUCCCGGACUUCAAGCUGGCGUUCGAGCACUUCUGCAUCCACGCCGGGGGACGGGCGGUGCUGGACGAGCUGGAGAAGAACCUGGCGCUGAGCGAGUGGCACAUGGAGCCGUCGAGGAUGACGCUGUACCGGUUCGGCAACACGUCGAGCAGCUCGCUGUGGUACGAGCUGGGGUACAUGGAGGCCGAAGGGAGGAUGAGGAAGGGGGACCGGACGUGGCAGAUCGCCUUCGGGUCGGGGUUCAAGUGCAACAGCGCCGUUUGGCGUGCGCUGCGCGCCAUCAACCCCGCCAAGGAGAAGAACCCCUGGUCGGAGGAGAUCCAUGAAUUCCCCGUCCGCGUCCCCAAGGUGGAAGCCGUCAGGGCAUGACGACGUACGCCGUGUCCCGUUCGCUUCAUGUACGUAGGCGUGUCCCUGUCUCAUUUGAUCAGCGAGGAACUCGUGUACGUGAUGAUUGCCAAAGACAUGAAUCGGUCAGCUUCAUUGAUUGAGGAAAGACGUAGAUAAACACACUCUGUAUCAAAUCCCAUAUACACAUCCCAAUAAUAUCGAUCCCAAAUCUGUUCACUUCGUA